AUGAAGAAGGGCCAGACGGUGCAGGGCACCUUCAGCAAGAUCUUCGGCAAGAAGCACGCCAGCCCCACCGCCUCCCUGUACGUCACCAACCCGCCCUGGAUCUUCACCCGCGAGGCCGCGGAGGAGGGGGCCCGGGACCUGGAUGGGAUCUACUAUGGAGACAAUCGGUUUGACACGGUGAGCGAGUCCGGAACAGCCACACUGAAGGCUCGGCCCAGAGUUCGGCCCCUGCUGACCUUCCUUCCGCUGAAUGCCCAGGAGAACCAUGGCCUGGCAGUGCCCACCCCCUCUGUCCCAGAAGACUUUGCGGACAAGGAAGUGACAGGUGCCAGCUCACUAGCCAAUGGCAACCUCCGACUGUACAGCUCUGUGGGCGACCUCAGGCCUGUGCACUAUGGCGAGGACCCACCCAUCCCCCCACCUCCCCCCGGCCCCGCCCCAAGGCCGCCUCCGGGACCUGCCCCGGACACGUCACCACCUCCGGGGCAGUCCCUACCGACCCCGCCGCCUCCCUUGCCACCUGCCCUGCUGGUGGAGCCCCCACCGCCACCCAGCAUGGCCCCUCCCCCACCCCCAGUAUCAGGGGCCCUGUCCCCCCCCACCACACCCACCCCUCCCGAUUUCAUUCCCCCCGCCCCGCCCUUGGCCUUUGUAGCCCCACCCCCGCCCCCUAUGCCGGCCCCGGCACCCCCAGCCCCAGUGUCCCCUCACACUCCGAGGACUCACCUCUCCCCCCCUGCGGGGGUCACCAAAUGGAAAUCAGAGGUCACGCUGAAUGGCAAGCAGCCAGAGGCCCCCGGGACCAGCCCCCCCAGGAGCCCUGCUGAGCCCAAGGGGAGCCCCCUGGGGCCUAAGCCGGAGUCCCACCUCACCUUCCCCCGGUCAUUCAAGGUGCCUCCCCCAACCCCGGUCAGGACCUCGUCCAUCCCAGUGCAGGAGGCACACGGGGCUCCUGCAGACGGAGAAGGGGCCGCCCCGAAGGCCCCCAGUCGGAUGCCCCUGCCCCCCAGCUUCCACAUCCGCCCCGCCUCCCAGGUCUACCCGGAUAGGGCCCCCGAACCAGACCGCCCCGGGGAGCUGCGGGCCAAGGCCCCUGCCAGCCCCGGGCCGAGCCAGCCCCAGGCCAGGACCAGUGGACACGCUGAGACCCCACCCCCAGCCUCUCCCCUGCCCCGCCCCACACCCCAGCUCCCUCCCCCUGCACCCCCGCUCCCUCCCCCCGCACCCCCGCUCCCUCCCCCCGCACCCCCGCUCCCCCCGCCGGCCCCUCCUUUGCCUUCUGCCGAGAAGGCAACCCCUCCACCGGCUAGGUUUAUGCAAAGCCCCAAACCCAGCUCUCCUGCUCCCAAACCCAAACCCAACCCCCCCAGCCCGGAGGACACAGCCCCUUCAGAGCCCGUGGACUGGCGGGACCCCGCCCAGAUGGCGAAGCUGCGGAGCGAGCUGGCAGCCUACCUCUUCGGCUCCAAGAGAGAGGACCGAGGCCCAGCCCACCGGCCGGGCCCAGCGGCAGCCCCUCCGGCCAAGGAGGGCCGGAAGGGCCCCGGCCUGCCGGAGAAGGAGGGCCCCCCCGGGGACCCCCAGAAGAGUCCCUGCCCGGAAAGAGAGGCCCCCGCCAGCCUGCCCCUGCCCCCCGCAGACUACACCCCCGGGGACUCCCCGGCGCUCAGCGUCCAGCAGAUCCGGAGCGAGCUGGAGGCGCGGCUGUCCGCAUCCGCCGAGAGGGAGCCCCAGCCCGGCGCGGGGUCUCUGCCUCCCAAGCCUCGCCCGGAAGCGGGGAGAGUCUUUGAACACAGAGCCGCCCACGGCCAGAUCUCCAAGCCCACGGCCAAGAACGGGCCGCCCCUCCCCGCCGCCGCCCCGCCGGCCGCACCGCACCAGCCCACGGCCGCGCCCGGGCCGGCCACGCCACCCAAGGCCACACCUGAUGCAGCCACGAGCGGGCCAGCCACGCCAGCCACAGCCACAGCCCUGCCCGCCACACCAUUCCCGGUGACAGAGAGGAAACCGGUCCCCGCCGAGCAGAGGAAGAAGCCAGAACCCCACGGAUGUGCAGCGCCUUCCCAGCCGGAGGCAGGAGAAGGGCGCCCCUCCGAGGCCAGGAAGCCUCCCUCCCAGGGAGCCCUCUCCCCUCCGGCCCUCCCACCAAAGCUGUCCCCGGGGAGGGGAGAGGUGACCUGUCUCUACAAACCCCAUCGCGGCCACAGCGGCAGCCAGAGCAGCCCCAGCCGCGAGGUGGCCGUGGUGAUGCCCACCGUGGCCCGAGGAGGGGCUGUGGAGGUGGGGGAGCCCCGAGGGCUGCCAGGCAAAGCCCCGGCCCCCGCCCCGCCUGCAGAGGAGCCCCUCAGGCACCCGGUGACCGGGGAGCUGGUGGAGAAGGGGUCCCCGAUGGCCCUGCUCCUCGCGGCCAGGCAGAGGGCACAGAAGGGGCGGGCUCGAGGGGCCGGCCCGGGCCGCACCUCCCUGCCCGGGAGCCUCCGAGGGCAGCCCCAGGCGGGCUCCGACAGCAUCUUCCUCCGGGGGCCCCAGCCCAACUCCUUCACCGUGGUCCCCAGGCCGCCCUCGGAGCCCGAGAGGGAGCCCCAGCCCCGCCCGUGGAGGGCCCAGCCGGGCAGAGGCCUGGAGGACACGGAGCCUGGCCGAGGGCACGGCUGGACCAAGGCGGAGCCCCAGGCCUGGGACCGAUCAGCAUCCUCCCGCCUCCCCCAGGGCCGCCCGCCGCCCAGGUCCUUCUCGUCCCCGUCCUCCCCUUCCCGCCAGCGGGAGGAGGAGGGCGAGUUCAGCUUCGAGGUCAUCCCGCCGCCGCCCGAGUUCAGCAACGACCCCGAACCUCAGCCUCGAGCCCUCCCGAACCCGGGCCGCCGGGCCUCCCCGCCCCGGAGCCGGUUCCCGGACUCGGGGCGGCCCCUGGACGCUCGCUUCCCCGCGGCGGCGGCGGCGGGCGAGCCCUCCCCGGGGGCCGGGGGCCUGCAGCGCUUCUCGGGCGGCGGCCGCUCGCUCAUCAAGAAGCGCCUGUAUGUCGGGGAGCCCCCCCGCGGCCCCGCGCCGUCCCGCGGCGGCUCGGGUCGCAGCCUGAGCUCCCCCAACUGCUUCGGGCCGCAGCCCGGGGGGCACUUCGGGGCGCCCGGAGGCCCCGAGAUGCGGCGCGUCAACUCGGCGGGCCGCGCGCCCCCUGGCGGCCUGCGCGCGCGGAGGAUGUCGCUGGAGGGCUCCGCCCGCGGGGAGGCCAAGUUCAAGGCGGCCGGCCCGGCGGCGCCCAGCGCCGGCGACCUGGUUCUCGCCGCUGCUGCGGGCAGGUCUCCCCGCUAUGGAAGCCCCGUCAACACGUUCACUGUGAGGCCAGGAACCCGCCAUCCCAUCUCCUACGCCUACUCAGGGGCCCAUCGGAAUGCCCUGUCCUGA